UUUCUCCCCCUCUCGUCUCCUCUUCUCCCUCUCCGUGCUGCUUCUGUUGUCGUUGUUUUCUUCUGUUUCUGUUUGUUUCCCCCCCCCUUCUUCUCUUACUAUCGCUAAUCAGCUCGUUGCUCCUUUCUGGGUUUCUUGAUUUAUUCGUUUUUCUUUGGAAAAAAUUUUAUUUUCUUGUUUGUUCGUGCUUAUCUCAUCGUCUAUAACAAAAGUAACCAGUUUUUUUCUGAUUGAAUAGCAGAGAAAAGUUAAGAUUCUGUUUUGGGUUUGUUGGUUGUGGCUUUGGUUUCAAUUGCAAUGAUUUUUAGUGCUUAUUCAUUAAAGAAGAUAAUAAAAAUCAAGUCUUUUUUAGACAUGGGUUUUUCUAAGUCAGAUCAAAAAUUUGUUUUUGUUUUCCAUACGCUGUUUAAGCGCCGCAGAAAUACUGUGUAGUCCACCGAAAUACUCGUCUCUGUCUGUUUUUGUUUUCGAGAAAACAAAAACAAACAUGGGAGAAGAAAAUCAAAACAGAAGCAGCAGCAGCAGCAGAAACACUAGUAGUAAAGCAAUGGAGAUGUUGUGUUUGGAAAUAAACAGAUACCCAAGAGAUCUGUUGCAAAGAUUUAUAUCAAGUGACAAGCAGCAAGACCAGAUUUCACCGAGUGAAGGAGAAGACGCUGAGGAGAUUGAGCUAAAUCUGGGGCUAUCGCUGGGAGGCAGAUUUGGGGUUGACAAGUCUGCGAAGAAACUAACGCGAUCAUCUUCAAUAGCUGGCUCAAUACCAUUAGUGAGAGAGCAUGAUGCAUUUAAUACACCUCCUGCGUCUUAUUCUGCCCUUAUGAGAACAUCUUCUUUGCCUACAGAGACGGAGGAGUGGAGGAAGAGAAAAGAAAUGCAGAGCUUGAGAAGAAUGGAAGCCAAGAGAAGACGAAGCGAAAAGCAAAAGAACCUGAAUGCUAAUUUGAGAGGAGACUUGAAUUUGGAGGAAGAGAAAAGGGGCUUGAAUGCAAGUAGAGGAAAUUCUGUCCCUACAUGGACUAGGCAGGGCGUUAUUGGGGCAAUGAACCUGAACAGGGGUCCUACUUUACAGGGAUUGAUGGGGCCGCAGCAGGGCUCACAAGGGUCUGUGGAGUCUCAAGGAGGAAGCUCAUCUGGGAUGUCGGAAAUGGACAGCAAUCCUGUUCAAGGAUCAAGCAGUGGUAGUGAAGCAAGAAAUCAUACAAGUAAUCAAUCCUUGCAAGAUCAAAGCAAUCAAGAAGCUGUUGGUUCUGCAGAGACAAAGACAAGCAAAAACACAUGCAGUAGAACUUCCAGACAAGAGAUGGAGAAUCCAUCCAAGAAGCUUGAUUCUGCAGAAAAUGAAGGAAGAAAAAGCGCAACAAAUGUGAUGGAAGACAUGCCGUGUGUCUUCACGAUUGGAGGUGGUCCUAAUGGGAGGCGAGUAGAAGGGAUUCUGUACAAGUAUGGUAAGGGAGAGGAAGUGAGGAUAAUGUGUGUAUGCCAUGGAAGCUUUAUGUCUCCAGCAGAGUUUGUGAAGCAUGCUGGUGGAGGUGAUGUUGAUCAUCCACUUAGGCAAAUUGUGGUAAAUACUUCAGGUUGUUCACUGUUUUAAAUCUUGCAGAUUCAUGUCACCCUCUUGAAGAAAAGUGGGGAUGUGAUUGUGAAUUAGGAUAAUGAAAAAUGAGAAUUUUUAGAAAAUAGAUUUUGUUUUUAUUUA